AUGUAUCGCGCUUGCUGGCUUGUUAUAGUAUUUGUACCAUGUGCGGUGGGCCAUGGCUACCUAGCUUUUCCUCCGGCAAGAAAUUCCAUGUGGAGAGAGGGAUUUGACACGCCUAAGAAUUACAAUGAUAUGGGACUGAACUGUGGAGGUUUCUAUAAUCAAUGGACGGUGAAUGGCGGCGAAUGUGGAAUGUGCGGAGACCCCGUCGAAGCCGCUGAGCCACGUGAUCAUGAAGCGGGAGGAUGGUUUGCACCGGUCACCAGGCCCAUCAGUAAAUGCUACAACACAAUAGACCACGUAAUUGAUAUAACUGUUAGAGUCACAGCGUAUCACAAAGGAUAUUUUGAGUUCCGGCUCUGUGUUAACAACGAUAUGACAUUAGAUCCGGGCGAUGAUUGCAUAGAGGACGGGUACCUUCUGAAUGUUGCUGGAAUGCCUGAUGUAACACGUUAUGACAUCAACUACGACAAAAGAGAAUUCUAUCAUUUCCAACUUGAUAUGCCACAAGGAGUUGUAUGUACUCAAUGCAUUCUGCAGUGGAAGUACAAUGCAGGAAACAAUUGGGGUUGUGACGAAGAAGGUUGUGGUAUGGGAGUUGGACCACAGGAGCAAUUUAUCAACUGUGCAGAUAUUGCCAUUUUACCAGACUGCGGCAAUAUACCUGUGACAACAGACAGUGUGACAAGUAACACUGACAGCACUGGUAGUGUGACUCCUGAUGGUUCGACAAGUGGACCUGUAACAGGAGCUCCAACAGCUGUACCUGCGAGACAUUGCCAAGCUGUUGGAAUUUGGACGGGCCUGGCAUACAUGGAUGGAUGGUGCACAUUCAACUGUCUUCAUCCCACAAUCAAUUAUUGUCCAGCUACACACUGUCAUUGCGAUGGUGACCAAACAGUGCGAGUAUGGUAGAUAUCGCUAAAAUGACGAA